AUGGCAGCGCGGCAACCCGCAGCCAAAGGGUUUUCCCCCGUCCCUGCAGUGGCUGCGGUCGUGGAGCCAGACGACAGGAGCGCAGGGGUAGUGGUUGAAUGCCUUCUGCAUCCGACAAACAGCUGGAGACGGCGCCGGUAUCCUCUAGCGACAACUUUAUCGCAACUCGCAUCUGAAACGGAACAGGCUCUCGCGCGCCCCGCAAAAGUCGUUUCGAUUUCCCGGCGUGCCGACAAGAAAGGCCUCCCCAGCGCUCCAUUGCCUCUCACCGCUGACCUCAGAUCUUUGGGGGCAACGGCGGGGGGUUACAUGAUUCUGGAAGUCGCGUUGAGAAGGACAGAUGAAGACGGAAAGGAACUUGGAGAGGAAGACGGCGCCCGGAACGCGGAGAAUCCGUUCUUGGCGUUGCGCCUGGUGACGAGACGGCAACGCACUGCACGGCGGGCGCGCAGACGGUUGCGAAUGCGGCGUCGUCCUUGCCGCCAAAGACCAAGUUUCACACGGAGACGCAAACGCGCCAUGGAGAAACCGGGGUUGUCCAUCGCCCAGAAGCACGACAAGACGAUGUACCCGAGACCGUACUUCACCGCCGACGCCCUGGACGCCUUGAAGGCCGAGAAGGCAGUCAUCGUGCAAGCUCACGUACGAGGCUUCCUGGCACGACAAAAAGCAUCAAAACUCCGGCGUGCCAAGCAGGAAAUAAUCGACCGCGAAGAAGAAGAGAAGGCUGCCGCAAAAAGAGAGCACGAGAUGCGGCAAAAGCGCCUCCGGAAUCGAUGCCAGCACCCCGAGACCUACGCGGAUUUUGCCGUUCUGUACCAGGAACUCGAAUCCUGGAGAGUUCAAGAGACUGCACGCAUUAAGCACACCUUUGUGAGCGAUGUUCAUCGGCGCCAAGCCUUCAAGGAACUGCUCCACAGAGAAACAGAUCUUUUGCAGCAUAUUGAGGAAUUGAAGUUGCAGGCUAUGAAGGAAAGUCGCAAAGAAAAAAAGCUACAUUUCCUGGAGACCACGGCUAGACCCUUUGCCUGGGCUUGCCCGUCGACAGGCGACGUCAUCACUGUUUUCACCCCCGAAACCAUGUGGGCAGAGGAACUGCGGAAACUGUACGUGGACCUCGAAAACCUCGCAGUUGACACAGCCACUCGACUUGAGAUCCUUCAUCGCCUUCAAGCAACCGUGGCAAAUGCAGCGCCAGGCCGCGAUCAGAAGCGCAGGCUGAAGACAGUGAGUCUCAACGAGGAGAUCGUCGAGCUCUGCCGACGCGAAAUCGAUUGCCUCCGCCGCGGAACAACACAGACGGCCAAACUCAGUGGUCUUAGACAACGUCUCUCUCACGCGUUCUGGUACCUUUUGCAAUCUCCUGCCUUUAACCCACAAGCCGCUCGCUACCUGAAACUCCCCGCGUGA